UAACAAGUCAGUUGUAAACAGAAAGGGGAGGAGGAAGCCUGCGCAGGAACUGAGGGAUUGGAACAGAAAAGUGGGUGGAGCCACUGGGCUCCACCCCCGCUCCCCCGCUCCCCUACAACCUACUUUCUGCGGAGUCGGUCUGGACAGGUGAGGGAGGAAUUCCUAACACCGGAGCCUGGGGAGGGGCGAUGGUCCCAAGCCAGUUGUGGGGGAGACUGGAGAAGCCGCUUCUCUUCCUGUGCUGUACCUCCUUCCUCCUGGGGCUGGCUUUGCUGGGCAUACAGCCAGACAUCGCCCCCGUUGCUUACUUCUUUCUCGCCUUGGGUGGCUUCUUUUUGUUUGUCUGCCUCCUGGCCUGUUCUCUGGAAUGGGGAUUCCGAUCAAUGCAGACGGAGAACCCAGAGGCCUCGGGCAAUGCACGCGACAAUGAAGCCUUUGAGGUGCCAACCUAUGAAGAAGCUAUGGUGCUGGAAUCACAAUGCCACCCCGAGCAGCUGGAUCAACCACCCCCCUACAGCAGUGUUGUAAUCCCUCCAGGACUUGAGGAAGGACAGCCUAGCCAUCCAGACGGCCCCGAUAGAGCCAGACUAGGAAGGCGAGUGGGCUCAGAGGGGUCUGUGACUGGAAGAGUUCCAGUCAGCCUCCGGCUUCGGGGACCCCGGGUCAUGUCCACUGCUCCUGAUCUGCAGAGCUUGGGGGUGCACCCCACGUUGGAGCCUCUUACUCCACCCCCCGCCUAUGAUGUCAGCUUUGAUCAACCGGAUGAUGAUGUUUUCUUUGAAAACAACUGGACACCCCCCUAAAAGACUUUCCCAUGAUAUAUUAUCAUCUCUGCACCAGA